AUGCGCCCCCCAGCUUCCCUUAUCAGUAAGCCCGGGGGUGUGGAUCCCACGGCGGCGUCCCGAGACCUUGGUCUCGACGUUCCGUCUGGUGUCGAAGGGGGCUCAACCACCGCUCGUGCUCUCGUUAAGCUCUUCAAGAUGAAGACUUUUACCACUUCUACAUGGCGCUGCUACGCCUCUUUGCUGGCUCUGACCGAGUUACGGCUGGUUACGACCGCUGCGAUACCGGAAUUUAUCUUCAACCCUUCUGGCGGGACCAACGGCGCCGUUGCAAGUGAAUCUGUGGAAUGCAGCAGGAUAGGACGCGAUCUGAUCGCGCGAGGCGGCAAUGCAGUAGAUGCUUUGGUCGGUACGACUUUCUGCGUAGGAACAGUUGGCAUGUACCACUCUGGCAUCGGCGGUGGCGGAUUUGUUGUUAUUAGGGACUCAGACGGGAACUAUGAGUCUGUUGAUUUCAGAGAAUCGGCGCCGGCGGCAGCCUUCCAGGACAUGUACAAGGGCAACGUCGCGGGAAGCGUUUAUGGCGGUUUGGCCGUAGGCGUGCCGAGUGAAGUUCGUGGAUUGGAAUAUAUCCACAAAAAGUACGGGUCACUGCCGUGGAAAACCGUUGUCACCCCAGCGUCUUUAUUGGCAAAGGCUGGGUUCAGAGUCUCUGAGGAUUUGGUCCGUUAUAUGGCCUCAGCCGUUGAAAAUCAGAAGAACUUUCUUGUUGAAGAUCCCGUUUGGGCCGAGGAGUUUGCCCCUCACGGCACGCUUCUCAAGCUUGGUGACACCAUUUAUCGCAAGAGAUAUGGGGCAACUCUCGCCAAGAUCGCCGAAGAAGGCCCCGAAGCCUUCUACUCAGGCCCAAUCGCCGAGUCAAUGGUGGCCACGGUCCGCGCCACAAACGGCACAAUGACACUGGAAGACCUACAAUCUUACAAAGUCAUCACCCGACCCUCUCUCAACAUCACCUACCGCGGCUACCGCCUCACAUCCGUCGGGUCCCCCGCCAGUGGCGCCGUCGCCCUCAACACCCUCAAGAUCAUGGAGCAGUUCGACCCCUCCGAGAGCGACGACGUCAACCUUGGGGUCCACCGCUUCGACGAGGCCCUGCGCUUCGCCUACGGCGCUCGAUCGCUGCUUGGUGACCCGGACUUCGUGGCCGGCAUUGGCCCCUACGAAGACACUCUCAUCGACGAGGCCAAGGCCAAGGACAUCCGCGGCCGGAUUCUUGACAACCAGACGCAGCCGGUUGAAAAGUACGACCCGCACGCCAUGUACACGAGCGAGGGCUUCGGAACAUCGCACAUCGUCACGGCUGACAAGUCAGGCAUGGCUACCUCCCUGACCACGACGGUCAACCUUCUCUUCGGAGCUCAAAUCAUGGACCCGUUGUCCGGUGUCAUUCUGAACAACGAGAUGAACGACUUCUCGAUCCCCGGCGUCCGCAACGCGUUCGGCUUCGAGCCGUCCCCCGCAAACUUUGUCCGCGCAAACAAGCGCCCCCUGUCCUCGAUCACGCCCAUCAUCGUCGAAGACGCCAAUGGCAAGCUCUACGUCACCGUCGGCGCUGCCGGCGGCUCCCGUAUCAUCAGCUCAACGGCACAAGUCACUUGGCAUGUCCUCGAGCACGGACAGACCAUGAAGGAAGCUCUUCGUGAGCCGCGGCUGCAUGAUCAACUCAUGCCCAACACCGUCACCUUCGAGUACCCCUUUGACAACGGCACUGUCGCGAGCAUGCUUGAGAAGGGCCACAACGUCACAUGGGUUCCCGAGGGCCGAAGCGCGGUGCAGGGAAUCGUAUUCAGCGGAGGAGUGUUUGAAGCAGCGAGCGAGCCGCGUCAGAAGAACAGUGGCGCGUUUACCGUGUAA